ACCCCGCCUGCCGCCCUGCCGCCGCGGGGUGCCAGGGGGCCGCAUCCCCCGGCAGCCCCGCCGCCCUCCCCUGAGGAGACCGCCUUCCUGGCCGUGCUCAUCACGAGUGGCCCCAAGUACAGCGAGCGUCGCAGCAUCAUCCGCAGCACGUGGCUCUCGGCCGCCGGGCGCCCCCCUCACGAUGACAUCUGGAGCCGCUUUGUGAUCGGCACAGGUGGGCUCGGGGCAGAGGAGCUUCGUAGCCUGGAGCUAGAGCAGAGCCGGCACAGAGACCUCCUCCUUCUGCCAGAGCUGCGGGAUUCCUACGAGAACCUGACUGCUAAAGUCCUGGCCACGUACGUCUGGCUGGAUCUGCACCUGGACUUCCAGUUUGCCCUGAAGGCCGACGACGAUACCUUCGUACGCUUGGAUGUGCUCGUGGAAGAGCUGAGAGCUAAGGAGCCGCGUCGCCUCUAUUGGGGCUUCUUUUCUGGCCGCGGUCGAGUCAAAUCUGGUGGCAAAUGGAAAGAGAGCGCCUGGGUGCUCUGUGACUACUAUCUACCAUAUGCUCUGGGUGGUGGUUAUGUGAUUUCUGCAGAUCUGGUGCACUAUUUGCGUCUUAGCAGGGACUACCUGAACAUGUGGCAGAGUGAAGAUGUUUCCCUGGGGGUGUGGCUGGCUCCCAUCGAUGUGAAGAGAGUGCACGACCCUCGUUUUGACACUGAGUAUAAGUCACGAGGUUGCAACAAUAAGUACAUAGUAACUCAUAAGCAAAGCAUCGAGGACAUGCUGGAAAAGCACCAGACCCUGGCUAAAGAAGGAAAGCUCUGUAAGGAGGAGGUUAAGCUCAGGCUUUCCUACAUGUAUGAUUGGGGAGUGCCUCCUUCACAGUGUUGCCAAAGGAAGGAUGGCAUCCCGUGAAAGCCUGAGGAAGGAAAAGGCAGAAUGUUGAUGGACUGUCGGAGCGUGGUUACGGUUACUUGGGGAGAAUCCCAGUAACUAGGGCUUAAAAAUUACUCAAAAGAUUUUGCACGAUUCAUUAUGUCACAAUCAAUGAAACCCUGAAACUCCUAAGAGCUACUGAUGUGGCAUGAUGUAGAGAUGCUUAAAAAAAAAAAGACAAAAAGCAUGGAAAGGCUCAUAUGACAGGAUUGAAGGCAAAUAAUUGGUUGCAAAAUAUGGAUAGUACAGAAAAUUUGGGGGAGAUAACUUGGAUGAAAAGUUGCUGGAAGAUUUUUAGCAGAACCUAAGAUUUAUUUGCUAAAGAUCAUGGCAGGCCUUUAUGCUAUCUAUAAGAUUGUGAAACUAGCGUCUGCUGUUUAUUUCUUGGCAAGGAACAAGUGUCAGUUUGGCAAGGUUUGAAGAUUCUAAUGGGCCCGCAAAUCAGUUGCUAUUGCCAGUGGGAACAGGUGACUGGUUAUUGACACAAGCAGUCAAGUAAAGGGAACAAUUUCACGUAGGAUAUUCGCAUUAGGGGAGGGAGAGAGAGUCUGUUCUUUGGCGAGUGCUCUGAUUUACAAGAAUGGAAUUAUUAGACCUUCUGUGUAACUUGUCUCUAAGCUUUUUGUUGUUUUAAAGAGUAAGUCUAUAUUUAGAAAGGUGGAUGAGUUAUGGUAUUUGGCAGAUAGGGAAUACAUUAUUUUGGGAUCAAAUAGUUAUGCUACAAAGCUAGCCUUCAGUUGUUAGGCAUAGGUGUUGUUCUUGGCUUAUCCUCCAAACCAACUGUGUAUGAAGAAACGUUUCGUCUCCCAACAGUAAGUAAUCUCACUGACUACUACAAGGUCAGACGUUGUAGGCUUCAGAUUUAUAUUGUUCCGGGUUACUUCUGUAAAAUGUAAAUUAGCAGGAUUAGAUCAGUGGAAGCUAUUCGGAGUUCAAACAACGUUGCCCUAACGUGGGUACCUCAGCUAAGAAGUAAACUCUGUAUGUAGUCAAGAGAAAUAGGUUCCCCCACCCCCCAAAUUCCUGUUUGAGGAGAACCUUGUCUCUCUUUUCAGGAGCUACGCUGCAAUCUAAGGAGACUAAUCCCCCAACGGUCACAUUUAGAUGCCCGAAGCUAGACUGUGUGGAUUCUCCGCUUCUCCCCGAUAGCACCUUAUAGUGGAACUAAAAAUAAUCUUACAGGAGGUCUAAGUUAAUUGCUCAAGUGAUAUGUCAGUAAAUGGGAUUAUGUCCCUUAGUCCUGUCUACGCUACAAAUAAUUCUAGUACUGACAGAGCUUGUCGGCAUCAGAUGCGGUAUUGAAAGCAGACAGGACAUUCUUGGCUGUAGAACAGAUCACUUACACAAUUUCGCCAUAUUACUUAUCUGCAAACCUUUAGGUAAGCCUGUAAUUCAAACAUUUUUGAAUGGCGGGUGCUCUAAUACACAGAAAUACUUUUUUUUCCAGUACUAAUACAGAGCUACUGACUUCCAGUAACCUUUGUCAGCUACAGAUCUUUCAGUAUAAGCAGAGUUUUUACUUUUAUGCCUGAAGGGCAUUCUUAAUUAUCAGUUUUACUGUUUGUUGCACACUGCACUUUCAUACAAUUUCAUUUCCUCCUCUUGUCAGUGUCUGUUCCCACCUGCAGGAAGAGACAAAUUGCAAAGAAGAAAAGGGGUGCCAGUAUCUCUCUAUUUUUGCUUCUUAAAUUAUCAAGUUAGCAAUUCAUACCAAAGGAAUCAAGUAUGGGUGUUUUGUUAUUCUUCUCUUGUUUUGAUUAAAUUAUUGAGGAUUAAGAGAAGUCUUCUGCAGAGGCUCAUAAUUCUCUAUUUCUAAAAUCUGAACAGAUCUUUGACUUCCUUCUAAAACAAAGUUAAAUUAAGAUACUGACAAAAAUAAGUUAUUUUAGCAUGUGUCCAUUCUAAUGCAUGCUUAUGUAUUGACAGAUAGGCAGAUGUGCUUUUCAGCAAGGUAUACUAUUCCAAAAAAAGAAUUUAACAAGAUUUCAGAAAAUUUGAAUUGGUUUUAGCAUUUUAAGAAACAUCUGUUUGCCAUUUGGGGUUCACUAGUAUUGUGUGUAUAUAUGUGAUUAAAUGCUUCUAAUGUGAGUAUUUAUUUAUAAUUAUUGAAGAUGUGUUAUGUAUAGGAAAUAAGAUAUUAAAUGUCAUUUUAAAUUUGUUUAAGGAGGUACUGUAACGUCCAUGAGAAUUACAUAUCAAGCAGUGCUUGAAUUUAUUGGUGUACAAGCCAUUAUUUAAAGUACCAGGAUCUGAACUGCGGUUCAAAAGUCUGCUGCAUGUCUCUUAAGCUAGUAAGAAUGUACCGUUUAUCCAUUCCUACCAAUAACCGUGUUCAUGGAAGUUGUUUACGUUGUUGACUUUGACUCUCCCUGCCCACAACGCCCAUCCCCACCCCCCAAAAAAAAAGUGUUUUUCAUUGCUGGCAAAAUUAAUGGCAGAGAAAUGCUGGAUCUCCAUCUGAUAUUUGACCCCACGGAAGACAUUGUGCAUACAAAUACUUAAUAGUUAAGAAAUUCUCUUGAAGAGUUUCUUGCACAAGUGUCAGGAAUACAGCGUGCACCCUGAGGCACCCAGCGUAGCAGCUCUCUUGGCAGCAGCACAGCCCGUUGCCUGCCUAGGUGCGCUGCCCGCACCCUUGCAAGAUGGAGCCCAGAAACGAUGGUGACCACUCUUGCGUUCUUGGUAUCCGCAUCUCGGUCUGACACAGCCUCGUUAUACCCUUUUCUGUUCAAGGUUACCCAUGUUUCGCUCUAGUUGCAAAACAAAUUAACAUGGAAGGCUUGACAGAUUCUUGUCCUUUAGUAAAUGGUUUUAGUUUUCUUAGUAGAUGCCCCCUUACUGCAAAU